UUGCUGCAGACAGCAGAGCGGCUGCCGCGGGCUGUCACCUAAGCUGAGUGAGAGCGCGAGCUGCGCGUCGCCGCCUCCGCGACUACCACUACCAACACCACCACCACCGAAGACGACUGGAGAACUUGAGUGAACUUUAAGGGUCGAGGCGCAGGCACGCGGAGUAAAAGUGCCGGUGCUCCGAGCUACAGGUGCACACUGCUGGAGCGCGUAGAGAGUGGUCGCUACUGCUGUAUUUGGUGGCAGCGGGUUCAUUGAUUCUGGAAGGAGAAGAGCCGUUCUCUUUGGUAUAGGUGCCGACUGCAGAGCUUCACAUACCGAAGAUGAAAAUCAUCUUCACGAUGCGUGUCCUCAUCCUCCUGCUUGUGGUUUUCCUUCCCUUGGCUGUAGUGGGCUGCCCCGAGAAGGAUUUGAAUCUCCAGUCCUGGAAUCCCGGAGAUGAUGACAACCAUCGAGUCACCAUUGGACACGGCCGGAAGUUUCUUUUGACCUCUUCUGCUAGUGUCCACUCAAUUACAAUCAUUAAUGGAGGAAAGUUGGUUAUUGCAGACAAUAAGCAGCCCAUUGUUCUGCGUGCCAGACACAUUCUCAUUGGGGACAAAGGAGAACUUCAUAUUGGCAGUGAAGAUUGCCCCUUCCGCGGAAAUCUCUCCAUCAUCCUGUAUGGCAGAUCCGACGAUUCAGAGGACGCCCACCCCUAUUUUGGCCGAAAGUACAUUGGGAUUGGCACUGGCGGGACCCUGGAGAUUCAUGGCGAGAAGAAGAUGGCUUGGACAUCUUUGAACAAAACCCUUCAUCCUGGAGAGUCGAGCAGUAACAGCUACCUCUACGAAAAGGGCUGGGGUCACCGGGGCAUUGUAGUCCAUGUCGUCGACCCCAAGACAGGAGAAGUGCUGCAUUUGGAUAGGUUUGACACUUACAAAAGUAAACAAGAAAGCAUACGCCUGGGGCAGUACGUGGACAAUGUGCAUGACGGCAUGAUCUUGGUAAUGGCAGUCAGUGAUGAAGGAUCCACCAGCCUGGAAGACUCGGCCAAGAAGGCUGUGGCAAAGCUGGGGAGCAAGCACUUCCACCUGCUUGGAUUUCGGCAUUCCUGGAGUUUUGUUACAGUGAAAGGAGAUCCAGCGUCCUCUGUGGAGGAUCAUGUGCCCUACCAAGGGACCAAAGCUUCAACUUUGGCCAAAAUGUCAAAGGUCUUCCCGUCUGGAUAUGGAGAGCAUUUUAACAUCAGUGUUGUCAGUGAGUGGAUCCAAGAACUUGAGUGGACGGAGUGGUUUGACCGGGAUGAUGAGAGGGGAUCGGGAGACUGGGAGAAACUUUCUGAUCUUCGGGCAGCUUUUCCUGGCAAAAUCUGUGCUGCACCCCUGGACAUUCAGGCAGCCACCCAUGACGGAGUCGCUUCAAAUUUAACAGAUGAGGUUUUCUACAAAAAUGACAAAGACUACGGCUUUGUGUGUCUUAACAAGGACCAGCCAGAUGGCAUCUGCAAUAACUACAAAGUGCGCUUCCUGUGUGGAAAGCUUGUUCGGCCACAGGUGACCAUCACCAUAGACAGCCAUUCGAACACCACGGUCCUAGAGCUUGCAGAUGACGGCCAGUCCUGGAGGGCCGGUGACACUGUUGUGGUGGCCAGUACGGACUACUCCAUGUACCAGGCGGAGGAAUUCACACUCAUACCGUGUUCAACUUGUGCUGCCAAUCAGAUUAAAGUUCAAGGGAAGGCUAAGUACCUUCACAUCGGAGAAGAGGUGGAUGGAGUUGACAUGCGAGCUGAAGUUGGACUGCUGACGAGAAACAUAUUCGUCCGCGGGGAGAUGGAGCCUCGGUGCUACGGCAAUGAAGCCUGCAAGUUUUUCGACUUCGACACGUUCGGCGGACACCUGAAGGCUGAACGAGGGUUCAAAGCGGUUCACAUAGAAGGCGUGGAGAUGAUGCACAUGGGCCAGCAGUCUAUGGGCCAUUACCCAGUUCACUUCCACAUGAAUGGAGACAUUGAUGAGAAGGGGGGCUACAACCCCCCAACCUACGCCAAGGACUUGUCAAUCCACCACUGCUUUUCUCGCUGCGUCACUGUGCACGGCUCUAAUGGCUUACUGGUCAAGGAUGUGGUAGGGUAUGACACCCUGGGGCACUGCUUCUUCACAGAAGAUGGAGCUGAGGAGCGGAACACCUUUGACCACUGUCUUGGUCUGCUCGUGAAGGCGGGGACCCUCCUGCCAUCUGACAGGGACAGCAAAAUGUGCCGCGGGAUCACGGAUGGUGCCUACCCGGGCUACGUCGCCAAACCCCGCCAAGACUGCAGUGCCACCUCCACUUUCUGGAUGGCUAACCCCAAUAACAAUGUCAUCAACUGUGCAGCUGCUGGAUCUGAAGAAACAGGAUUUUGGUUCAUUUUCCACCACGUGCCCACUGGACCUUCAGAAGGCUUGUACUCUCCGGGUCACUCCGAGUAUAUGCCCCUGGGACAGUUCAUCAAUAACCGGGCACAUUCAAACUACCGGGCUGGCAUGAUCCUCGAUAAUGGCGUAAAAACUACAGAAGCCAAUGAAAAAGACAAAAGGCCCUUCUUGUCCUUGAUUGGUGCCAGAUACAGGCCACACAAAGACGCCGACCCUUUCAAGCCCAGAGAGCCGGCUUUAGUCCAUCACUUUAUUGCUUACAAGAACCAGGACCAUGGAGCUUGGCUGCGUGGAGGAGACGUUUGGCUGGACGACUGUCAGUUUGCUGACAAUGGGAUUGGGCUAACUCUGGCGAGUGGUGGGACAUUCCCUGAUGAUGAUGGCUCAAAACAGGAGGUGAAGAAUUCCUUGUUUGUUGGAGAAAGUGAAAAUCGGGGUAUGGAAGACCCUGAAAAUCAAAACUGGGGUCCUAGUGGUACUGACCUCAAUGGAAGAACACUGGCCAGGGGAAUCAACUUUCCAGUUCGUGGGCUGCAAAUAUACGACGGGCCUAUCAAUGUCCAGAACUGCACGUUUCGCAAGUUCGUUGCUCUGAAUGGACGACACACUAGUGCGUUUGGCUUCAGGAUGAACAACACAUGGCAGAGCUGUCCUAACAACAAUGUGACGGAUAUCAUCUUUGAGGAUGUUCCAAUUACCUCUCGAGUUUUCUUUGGUGAACCCGGACCCUGGUUCAAUAAAAUGGACAUGGAUGGCGACAAGACCACUAUUUUCCACGACAUUGACGGCUCAGUGAGUGAAUACCCAGGAGCUUUCCUUGUAAAAGACGACAACUACCUCGUGCGCCAUCCUGACUGCAUAGACAUUCCCGACUGGCGAGGCGCCAUCUGCAGUGGUCACUUUGCACAGAUUUAUAUCCAAGCCCGCAAUCCCGCUGACCUGAAUAUGAAGAUCAUGAAGGACGAGUAUCCUGAACACCCUUUGAUCCUCGAGGGUGCCCUCGGCAAGACCAACCACUACCAGCAGUACCAGCCUGUGGUCACUCUGCAGAGGGGGUACACGAUUCACUGGGACCAGGCCGCUCCGGAAGACCUCACCAUAUGGCUGAUCAACUUCAAGAGAGAUGACUGGAUCCAGGUUGGAUUUUGCUAUCCGAAGGGAACACAUUUCUCGAUCAUCUCAGACAUUCACAGUCGACUCACCAAACAAACUCUGAAGACAGGAAUCUUUCUGAGGACCUUCCAGCGGGACAAACUGGUCCAUGGUCACCCAGGCAGAGGCUACUACUACUGGGAUGAAGAUGCUGGGCUGCUGUUUUUAAGGCUAAAAGCACACAAUGAAAAAGAUGAGGUCGCCUUUUGCUCCGUCAAGGGCUGUGAAAGAAUUAAGAUUAAGGCUGUACUACCAAAGGGCAGCAAUGCCAGUGAUUGCACAGAUAAAGCUUAUCCCAAGUAUGCUGAAAUGCCCACAGUCGAUGUGCCCAUGCCUAAAAAGUUACCCAACAUGAAGCUGCGUACCAAAGAGCACUUCCUCGAAGUAAAAAUGGAGUCGUACAACACAAGGUUCUUCCACAUCAAGGAUGAUUUUGCUUAUGCCGAGGUAAACGGGAAAAAAAUUUACCAGCCGGACGACGGCGUUCAGCUCACCGUGAUUGACGGGCAGAACGGCAAAGUGCUGGAGAGCAAAGGCUUUAGAAACUCCAUCCUCCUGGGAAUCCCAGCUCAGAUCGAGAACUUCAUCGGCAACCUCAAAGACGAGUCAAUAGUUAUGAUGACCUCAAAAGGACGGCUAAUAACGAAAGGCCCAUGGACGAAAGUACUUGAAAAACUGGGAGCAGAAAAAAAUGUGAAAUUAAAAGAAAAACUCGUCUUUGUGGGGUUCAAAGGAAACUACCGACCAGACUGGGUGAAGCUCGUGACGGAGGAUGAAGUUGCAAAGAUUCACCAAGUGCUGCCCAUUCCUGUGGUGAAGAAAAUGAACCUAUGAGUUUGGGGUGAAGAAGUAACUAAAUAAAGACACUUUGUGUGGCUCAGCACUGCCGGACCCUAAUAGGUUUAAACUGAAGAAACAGAAAAAAAAAAAAGAACACAAGAGGACUACUGAUUUCUGUGACAAAGAGCAUGCAUUUAAUCCUGCCUCCGGUUCUCCUGGCUACUCUCCCAUCUUACGUCGAAACGUUCCUGUAAGUGGUGUUCACGUCUGUCGAGUAUACUGUAAGAGAAUGGGAAGAAAAUGACGGAAAAAACGCACACACACACACACACACACACACAUUCCUGCUUCAGCACAUAUAACACCAAACAUGGAUUUUGCUUCUAAGCAUGUUCGGUUAUUCUCGUCUGUCAUUUUGCGUUAAAUGAUCUGCACUUUCUUGCAGAUAUUUUUGUGUAUAAAGUGUCAUCUGUCUUUUGCUGUGUUUAUCUGCAAUAUUCCAUUGCAACUGCAAAUAAUACAAUGACAAGACAAUUGGCUUAUUUCCUAUAAUAGUUUCUAUUAAGUGUGAACUAUCAAAGAAAUGGCCGACCUUGAGAAUUUCUGUCCAUUUUCUUCAUAAAAGAAUCAACACAGGCUUUUAGUUUUCCUUGUGCCGAAAUAGCUGGUCUUUUUUCGGAGAUUGUAGUUAUUAGUGUUUUGUACGUUAUGCGUGUUUCUAAUAUACAUCAGAUUGAUUAAGAGAGAUAUAUUUUAUACUUAUUUAUUGUACAGAAAAAAAAAUCCGAGUAAAAAGUUGGAUUGGGAUAUGUAAAGUUGUAAUGUAUUUGCUGUGUCCGUGUCCCACCUGUAAAGAUGUCGCAAGCACUUUCAGAUGCGCUCUCGCCUCUAGUCAAUGUAUUUGUGCAGAAAACAAACUUGCAUUUACUGUACCAUAUUGUGGAACCAAAUGUACUUUACUGUGGAUGUGGAAAUUCAAUAAAGAGUGCAAAACGAAAACCCUCA